CAGUCCAAUAAGAGCAUCCAGCGAUAUCAACACAAUGUAUUUAAACCCAUCCCCCUUCAUGCUCUCAACCAUUGCAAUCCCAUUCAAUUGAAACAAAAUGAGCAUCGAAGCAGCCUGGUCCGCCUGUUCCAAAACAGACACCCUCUUCAUCCUCAUCUGCAGCGUCUUCUGCUGGCUCAUCAUCCCCGCCGUCGGCCUCGCAUACUCGGGCUAUUCGACCCGACACAACGUCCUCGCCUCAUUCUACCCCAGUCUGAUCGUGGUCUGCGUCUGCUCGAUUCAAUGGUGGAUGAUCGGGUACUCGAUUGCGUAUAGCGAGAACGGGAAUGCAUUCUUCGGGGGGCUCGACAAGGUGUUUCAUAUUGGGGUGUUGGCAGAUCCGGUCGGGUCGAUUCCAGAAGUGUUGUUUUCGCAGUUCCAGUUGAUUUUCUGUGCGACGGUUUGUGCUAUUGCUGUUGGGGGUGUUUGUGAGAGGGGACGGUUGGUGUCGUUGAUUCCAUUUGUCUUUCUAUGGUGCACCUUCAUCUACACACCCCUCGCACACAUGGUCUGGUCGCCCACCGGCUUUCUGUAUAACCUCGGAGCCCUGGACUUCGCCGGCGGAACACCAGUGCACAUCUGCAGCGGUGCCUCGGCGACCGCAAUCAGCGUAUACCUUUCCUAUCCACUAUUUCGCUCGAAGCGAUCAGCAAAACGCACACCCAACCACCUCCGCCUCCACAAACCGCACAAUACAAUCUGCCAGCUCUUCGCACUGCUCAUCAUCUGGAACGCGUGGGUUGCGUUUGACGCAGGGACAACCCUCGCACUGAACUUUAAGAGCGUCAUGGCCGGGUUCGUGACAAAUAUGUGUGCUGCGGCGGGGGCGUUGACAUGGGCGUGUAUCACGUACUACGAAACAGGGAAGUGGAGUCUGGAUAGUACAUUCCUAGGCGCCAUCGCGGGGCUGGUGCUCAUCACGCCGAGCGCGGGCUUCAUCGAUACCACGACCGCGGUGGGAUUCGGGAUCGCUGGACCUGUGAUAUGUCGGCAGGCACUACGGAUUAAAUUCACCAAGACGGCCGCGCGGUGGCGCUGGGUAGAUAACGGGGAUACGUUUGCGACGCACUGUCUGGGCGGGUUUGUCGGGACGAUCGCGACGGGGUUAUUUGCGCAGCGGGCGGUGGCUGCGUAUGACGGGACGGAGAUUGUGGGAGGGUGCGUGAUUGAUGGGAAUUGGAGACAGUUGGGAGUGCAGAUUGUCGAGGCGAUUAUUGGGUUUGUGUGGAGUUUUGGGGGGAGUUAUGUGUUGUAUGGGCUGGUGGAUUGUGUGCCUGGGUUGGAGGUUUUGGCUACGGAUGAGGAUGUUGUGGCUGGAAUGGAUGUGCAGAUGGAGGAAUCGCUGUAUAAUCAAUGGCAGGGAGAAGAAGAUUAUCACCCCUUUGGCUCAGUGGAUUGGCUGGAAUAGAUGCAAAAUAUAC